GGGCGGGACAGAGAACGCGGGGCGCGGGGGAGGCUGCGCCGCAGCACCCGGUUGGUCAGGCCGAAGUGGGCCCAAAGCGGACGUGAACAGGGUCGGACCAAGAUGGCGGUGCAGGUGGUGCAGGCAGUGCAAGCGGUUCAUCUCGAGUCUGAUGCUUUCCUAGUUUGUCUUAACCACGCUCUGAGCACAGAGAAGGAGGAGGUGAUGGGUCUGUGUAUAGGAGAGUUGAAUGAUGAUACAAGGAGUGACUCCAAAUUUGGAUAUACUGGAACUGAAAUACGCACAAUUGCUGAAAAAGGUGAAACUGUCAGAAUUGUUCACAUUCAUUCUGUCAUCAUCUUGCGACGUUCUGAUAAGAGGAAGGACCGAGUAGAAAUUUCUCCAGAGCAGCUGUCUGCGGCCUCAACAGAGGCAGAGAGGUUGGCUGAACUAACAGGUCGCUCUAUGAGAGUUGUGGGCUGGUAUCAUUCCCAUCCUCAUAUAACUGUUUGGCCUUCACAUGUUGAUGUUCGCACCCAAGCCAUGUACCAGAUGAUGGAUCAAGGCUUUGUGGGACUUAUUUUUUCCUGUUUCAUAGAAGAUAAAAACACAAAGACUGGCCGAGUACUCUACACUUGCUUUCAAUCCAUACAAGCCCAAAAGAGCUCAGAGUAUGAGAGAAUUGAAAUCCCAAUCCACAUUGUACCUCAUGUCACCAUCGGGAAAGUGUGCCUUGAAUCAGCAGUAGAGCUGCCCAAGAUCUUGUGCCAGGAGGAGCAGGAUGCAUACAGGAGGAUCCAUAGCCUUACACAUCUGGACUCAGUAACCAAGAUCCAUAAUGGCUCAGUGUUUACCAAAAAUCUGUGCAGUCAGAUGUCAGCAGUCAGCGGGCCUCUUCUGCAGUGGUUGGAGGACAGAUUGGAGCAGAACCAACAACAUUUGCAGGAGCUACAGCAAGAAAAGGAGGAACUUAUGCAAGAACUUUCUUCUCUAGAAUAAAGCAGGAGACAAAGUGGGGGGUAAAAAACUUCUUUUCAAUUUGUGUACUUACUAAAUGUGAUCUCAAAAUGCACAUAACUGUAUAACAAAAUGCAUAACAUGCAGGCAGAAAAUGGAGUUGUUUUUAUAUCUUAGUGGAUAAGUUUUUCACAUUAGUUAAUCACAAGAUGUCUUCCUAAAAGUUUAUUAGAGCUAACUGAACCCUCAUCCCUCUAACUGGUCUACAAAGAGGAUUUGCAAGAUGAUGUAAGUAGAAUAUGGAAAUUAUUUUUUAAAAAGGCUAUUGGAGGUACAUUGGCAAGGGAUAUCUUGGAAUAAAAUGUCUUGGAAAUAUAUUUUAAAUGUUUGUUUUUACCUUUUUUAACUUGGAAGUCUUUAUCUUUAUUUUCAAAUACAUGUACUCCUAGAGUAAAUUAAAGAGUAUUUCUUAUUUUGAUUUCAUAGUUAUGAUACUUAUGUUGAAUAAGUAAAUAAUAAAUACACUAGGGUUAGUGCAAACUGUAGGUGACUCAGGAGCUCCCAACCUCUAUUCCUUGCCCAUUCAGAAAUUUGUCUCAUGUCUUCCUUCCUGAUUUCUACAAUAUGUAUUCUGAGAUACCUGUCUCUUGAAUCUAUGUGGGUGCCCUUUUUAACCAGACAGGUGAGUUCUAGCGUAUUUGACUCUGACAUGAAUUCCUAUUGAGUAGAUUUGAUCUGCCUAGGAAUUUCCAUUAUAUUAUAUACGUGUUUUUCCGGAAACAUUUAGCAUGUAGGAUGUAAUAAAAGUUAUGCUUUAAAAAGUUCAUUUUUUAUCAUGAGUAGACACAAAUGGUAAGUCUAUCUUCACAAAAGAGUCAGGACUACAGAUCAUGCCAAAUCUAAUAGACAAUAGAAAAAGAAAUACUUGA